AUAAAAAUGGUGGAAGAAUAAAGAUUUUUAUCAUUUCUGUAAUUUGUGAAUAAAAUACUUAGUCUUGAUGAGACACGGCGGAAAUCAAAUUCAAACGUGCUUUACUUUUCUUCUAAUCUCAUCUCUUUCUCCUUCACCCUCUCCCUCUCCCUCCUCUUACCAAUAUAUAGUUACAUUGAAAUUCUAAUAAUUUAUGAAAAAUAAUUAUGUAGUACUAGUUUCAGUGCAGUAGAGAUAGUGCGAUCGAGUCAACUUAAUAGGGGAGAUAGGAUAAAAAGUAUUUUUAAUUAAACUUGAAAAGCCAACGUUUAACUGCAGUUGACAUCAAAACAGUCAGAAAAUGGAUAAAAUUUUUUAAAAUAACAAUCUUGCCAAAGGUGAACUGAAGUGCAGUUUGUGUCAUAGGAAGUAUAAAUCAAAACACUCAUUGAAGACGCAUAUGAACACAAGCCAUUUAAAUAGCGGACAAUUUGUGUGCAAUAUGUGUAAUAAUAAAUUUGAUACACAUUAUUCAUUAGUUAGCCAUUUGAACCGUAAAAGUUGUGUCAGCAGUCAAAAAGAGAAUUCAAAAAAGGGACAGAAUAUCAAAUGUACUUACUGUAGUAUGUCUUUUGAAAAACAACAGGCCUUGAUACUCCAUGUUAAACGUGAACACUAUGACUCCGAAUACAAGACCCAAUGCACGAAGUGCGAAAAAAAGUUCAAAAAUAUUGCUGGAUUGCGUAACCACACCAAUACCGUCCACAAAAACAAAAGAAACUUUCGUUGCCUCCUAUGCAAAUCAGCCUUUAAUAAAAACUUGGACCUGCAGAAGCAUAUGCAAAGUAUGCAUUCUGAGAAAUCAACCAAAAAAGCGGAGGAGAAGAAGGAGCAAGUGUCACCUGCAGAGAUUAGUCUCGACAACUACCGAAAAUUCAAAGCAAAUCCCGGUGAUGAAACUAUUCCAUGCACCAUAAUAAACAGUGAAUACUAUUUGAAAUUAGUAAAACAACAGUUCCAAAAUCUCGAACCUGAACGACUUGAAACGCCAGUAAUUUUGGAUGAAGUUAAUGGGCAACGCCAUAAGCAAGGAUGGGGUUACAAAUCUGAGGAGAAGAAUACACAAGUUGCAUACGUCCAACUAACAGAGGAGGAACUUUUGAAUUCCAAGAAGAUAUUUGGAUACAUAUGGCGAGAUCCAGUUACUUUCGAAGUCGUUGCAGUUUACUUUGGCCUGAAUGAGGAGGAUUGUAAAGUAGCCGCAGAAAGUAAAUGGAAACUAGUUGUAACCUCCAUAGAUAAGGGCUGUACUGAUAGGAUUUUGUUCAAAAAGGGGUAUUUUUUCGAUCCAGAGGAGGCGUUUGAGGUCAAAGGAUUGGUGGCAACAUCAAAGUGGGUUGCGGGGCAAUUGAAAUGGUUCACAAGGAACGAAACUGGAUCGAUCUGUUCCGUCAAACCAAAGGAAUGUUACGGGUGGCUCGCUAAUUAUUUGGAACAACUCCGAGCCGCGUUACGUUCAACAAAUGACCUCUGGCUUGGCCCAGUCUUAACUGUUCAGUUGAGCGAGAAGGAGGAGCUAAACCUGGCGAGAAGGGAGUUGGAGAUAGAAAGAGGCAAGAGAUGUGAGAUGGAAAUUGGUUUCACAGAAAAGCUUUCAUUCCUGACGACAGAGAAUUAUAAUCUGACGGCAGUGAUUUCCAACCUGACAAAGGAAAAUUCUAAUAAUGAGGUGAAGAAUUGCAAGCUACUAAACUAAUACCAAUAAUAGUCGUACUGCUGCUAAUCAAACUAAUGAGACUGACCCGUGUGAAGAAAAGACUGAAUUUAACCGAAAAGUGUUCGUCGUUAAACUAUGCGAUUAAUUGUUUGUUAAUUUUAUAUACUACUUAAUGAAAUUUGUUGGUGCCAUUAGUUCCAAAAGGAUUAUUAAUUUAUGCAGCCCAUUUUAAAAAAAAAACUGCAGAAUAAAAAUCAUCAAUUUUUUGUAAUAAAUCCAUAAAAAUA